CUCGUCGUGACGUCACUGUACCCGCCCAUCACCAGGUCAUGUGACCUCUUCAGAGUUCAGAGUCCAGCAGCAGCAGCAGCAGCAGCAGCUGGAGAACACAGGUGAAGAUGUGUGUCUCGGUGUGUGUGUUGCUCCUCUCCGCCCUCGUCCACAGCAGCUGGAGUGUCGGACGGUUACAGAAGCUGGACCCUGAAGUGAACAUGAACAUCACUGAGAUCAUCCGAAGGUGGGGUUACCCUGCAGAGGAGCACACAGUUCUGUCGGAGGACGGCUACAUCCUGACCGUCAACAGGAUCCCUCAUGGCCUCAAACCCACCACAGGUCCGAGGCCAGUGGUCUUCCUGCAACACGGACUCCUGGCUGCCGGCAGCAACUGGAUCACCAACCCGCCCCAUGCCAGUCUGGGCUUCGUGCUGGCAGACGCAGGCUACGACGUUUGGAUUGGAAACAGCCGAGGAAACACCUGGUCUAGGAAACACCUGACCCUGAGCCCAGACCAGGAGGAGUUCUGGAGGUUCAGUUACGAUGAGAUGGCUCUGAAGGACCUUCCUGCGGUCGUAGACCACGUCCUGAAGGUGAGCGCUCAGGAACAGAUCUUCUACAUCGGACACUCGCAGGGGACCACCAUAGCAUUCAUAGCAUUCUCCACGCUGCCAGAACUGGCCCGGAAGAUCCGCUUGUUUUUUGGCUUGGCUCCUGUGGCGACCGUGGCAUUCACCGACAGUCCCCUGACCAAACUGUCCGUUGUGCCAGACCUGCUGAUCUGGGACCUGUUUGGUAGGCGGGACUUUCUGCCUCAGAGCCAGUACAUCAGGUGGUUGGCUGAACAUGUGUGUGCGAAGAAGCUGCUCAGCGAGCUGUGUGGAAACCUCUUCUUCAUCCUCUGUGGCUUUGAUGAAAAGAAUCUCAACAUGACUCGAACUCCAGUCUACACGACUCACUGUCCUGCUGGGACAUCUGUCCAGAACAUGGUCCAUUGGGCUCAGGCAGUACAUAAAGGAAAACUGACAGCGUUUGACUUUGGACCAAAAGAAAACAUGAGACACUACAACCAGUCCUCUCCACCUCAGUACCGGGUCCAGGACAUGAAGGUUCCCACAGCCCUGUUUUCAGGGGGACAUGAUACUCUGGCGGACCCCAAAGACAUGGCAGUCCUCCUAACUCAGGUGUCCAACCUGGUCUACCAUCAGCACAUCGAGCACUGGGAACACCUGGAUUUUAUUUGGGGCAUGGAUGCUCCUCAGCAGAUGUUCCCAUCCAUCCUGAAGCUGCUGCAGAAAUAUCGUUAGACAUGGAGGACUCUGUCUUUGUCUUCAAGACUCAAGGACCUGCUGUGUCCAGGACCUGACCUUUUAAUCAGGAGAGAAUCUUUUUAUCUAAGAAAACUUUUUGUAUUCAACCAGACUUUAAACAAUUUUUAUCCUCGGAGACAUCUUCGUCUUCCUCCUAGUCAGCUGGAACAAACUUAAAGCUGCUCUCACAUUUCCAACCAGAACCCCAAGGUUCUAAAACCUGGACCCAGACCAGGAGGAAACCUCAGGUUUAAGACCAGACCAGGAAGAAACCUCACCUUUAAACCCAGACCAGGAGGAAACCUCACCUUUAAACCCAGACCAGGAGGAAACCUCAGGUUUAGAUUAACUUAAUAAAGAUUUAUCAGAUAAACCGCACUGGAAUUUUGCCAUAAUAGGAAAAUCUAAUCUAUUUGUUUAAGCUGAAAAAAAAUAAUUUCUGUUUUUAGUUGAAGGCCAUUUAGAAUUGAGUUGUUCUAAAAUUUUGAUAACUUCUGUCAUGUUUCCUGCAUUAAAGCUGCUCUGAACCAAACUGAUCAUUUAUAAUUUUUACCUUCUGCAGUGUAGAAGAAUGAUUAUCAUGGAGAAAGAAGGGGAUGCAUUUUACUUUUUUAACAUUUAUUGACCAAUAACAGCUUUAUUAAUUUAUUCACAGUUUUAAAAUUGUUAAAAAGUGGUUUCUUAUGGUCUGCAUAUUUCCCUUAUAUCUGUGGCUAGAUGUUUUGGUGUAAAAGGAAUGGAAAGUGAAAUAGCCUAGCCUAGCAUCAUGAUUAGUUUAGCUAAGCAUUUAUGAACAGAGUAACAGAAAACAAAUUAUUAUCCUAAACCUAGCUUAGCAUCAGGGUUAGCUAAUUAUUUUUCAAUUGUAACAUGAAACCAAAACCUUUAGCCUAGCCUAGCAUGAUGUUUUGAUGGAGAUAAUCUGAUGGUCGUUCAAUAACAAUGAGUUAUCAGUGGGUUUUCCUCAACAUGUUGAUUAUCUUUGUAAACUUUUGCCUGGUGGCGAUGUCCAGAGGAGUUUCUCCUUCCUGUAAAGGGAAUAAAAGUGAAACAGAAUUAAAACAGUUCUAUCUAA